GUACACUCUACCCUCUCCAGACUCUACUUGUGGGAAUGCAUAUGUUGUUGUUCUUUUAAUUCAGAUAAAUACCACAUCAAAAUUUUCAUUUUCUUACUUAUUGGUUAAAAUUAGAUUCUUGAUUUACUAAUUAGGUGGAAUGUUUUAAUUCAGAUAAAUCCCAGAUCAAAAUGUUCAUUUUCUUGCUUUUUUGUUAAUAGGGUUUGGGCUAAAGUUUUCAUUUUUGGGUUAAACCUAGAAUAUUUCACUUAUUAGGUAAGACGUUUUAAUUUUAGACAAAUCCCAGAUAUCUUGUUUUGUAGUCAUUAGCCUCUGGCCUAAAGCCUCGACUUUUUUAGGUUAUUUAACUGACAUUAAUCUUGUUGAUAAUUGUGAGUUCUAGUUUUUUUUUUUUUUUUUUUUUUUUUAUUAUAGAGAAGCUUUUUGUUGGGUGGUUGAUAUAUAAGGAGGCUCCAUUUUAUAGGAGGCAAUUGGCAUAAGGAAUAAGCAAUCAUUGAGAGCCGGGAGUUUGACCUAGGUACUUCUUUUUGCAUGAUAUGGUGCUCGUGGUGAUUUUUAGCUUUAAUCCAGUCAUGGGCCCUAAAUAUGAAAUUGGAACCCGUAAUCAUUCUCGAACAGAUGCAGUGGUUACUAAAAAUGAACAUGAGGCCAGUUCACCAAUAAUCUUUCUCCUGGAUUCUAAACAUGAGAGUGAAAGUAGAACAAGCUUGGGUUCUAUCUUAAAUGAAAGUGCUUCAGGGUCAAGUAAGAGUUCAGAACUUUCUUGUUCCACGUUUUCAUCCUCGUCCGGUUAUUCCUCGGAUGAUUUCAUACUAGUGAAUCCAAAAAUAGCAUCCAACUCUAUCUCAUUAAAAAUACCAUCUUCUAAAUUUCUUCCGGAUGACAAAUUGGAAUUGAAUACAUCAACAAGCUCUGCCUCGGGGGUUUUAGACAUCACUGAUGAAUCAUUAUUGACAACCGUGCCAAGCACAAAAUGUCCUUCUAUCCAAGUGAUGGAGAGGCAAGGAGGUUACGAUCCCAACAGAGUUCCGUCUUCCAUUUUCGAAAGUAAAUCUUCAACACCUAAUGAAUGGAGUGCUGCCUCUGACGAGUCAUUAUUUAGUAUCAACGUCAGUCUUUCGAGGGAUCAUAAUUCUCGCGAACUAAGCAGGUGUGUGGAAUUGGACAGAUGUGAAGAACUUAGCAAGUCUGGCGAGCUAGUUAGCUUUGGACACUUACCAGCUGUAAAAGAAGAACAUAUGGAAACGAGUUUUGAUGCAAAAAGAGGUGUGGUUACUGGAAACAACUUUAUUGAAACAGGAACGCAACAUAAACCAAUUAAGAAAGAAGUCCAUUUUGAAGGGGAAACAAAAUUAAGAGGGAACAGGGACUUCUCAAUUGCUGUGGGCCAUUCCGAAGGGAACGGAGGGUUUAGAGACUCCUACAGCGCCCCUCACCAUUCCAAUGGUAAUGAUAAGUCUUUAGCUUUUCCAACAGAUAAAAAGUCCACAGAACCUUUUUGCCAUGUUGUUUAUUACACAAAAAAGAAGUCUAGAUGGCCGUUAUGCUUCUAUUCCCAUUGUAGCUGCGGGUCGUGCUGCUCUAGAUGGCCAAGCUGUUGUUGUAAGAGUGCAAGUUGCUUGUCUUGUAAGUGGUCAAGCUGGAUAUGUUUCUCUUGUAAGUGGUUAAGCUGGUCUUGUUGUUUCCAUAAGUGGCCAAGCAAACAGGGCUGCUGCUGCAAAUGAUCAGGAUACGACCUUUCUUAUCCAACUUGGCCCAACAGAACUGUAGUGACGGAGUCAGGAUUUUCACCAAGGAGAUUCAUUGUCUACUAUACAUACAUAAAAAUAGAUUUUGACAUAGAUUUUGACCUUGUAUAUAAAGUGUGAUUUUUGGCUAAGGGGGUUCAGCCCCUGCGCAAAAGCAUAACUAAGGCGGGUAUUACUUCCGGUCGAAUCAUGUAUAUACAUAUAUAACUUUUAAGGAUACAUAUAUACAUAUAAUAAAAAAUCGCACUUGUUUAGAAUGAGUCCUCUGGAUCCUGGAUUCCCCUUUGUAGCCAAAAUGCACUUCAAGUGUUCAACGUCGCCACGAACCUGCUGCAAGUGUCCGAAGUUUUGGGUGCCAGUACUGUUUCAGAGCAUUUGGCUGCUGGUGACAUUGUAAAUGGAUAUAAAUAAUUUUGACCUUGUAUAUACAGUGUAAUGUAAUGUCCCGAUGAAGAGGAUUUGAAUGAACCCCGUGCGCUCCCUGGCUUUAUGAUAGUCGAUCACUCACUGGACAAUAUUUGAUUUCUUGAUCUUUCUAGUGUACAUUUUAGGUGAUUGGGUUUAUAUAUCAUUUCUUGCCUCAGAA